AUGGCGUCCGCGCGCUCUUUCAGAUUUCGAGUUCUUGUUGGGAUGAUGGGAAUUCCCUCUCAUGCCCGAUCGGCCAGCGUCACGCAGACCGUCCUCGGCUCGUCGUGCGCACAGGUUGAGAUCGCUCUGCCAGAGGCCAUUGAUGAGGAUGAUCGUGAGCUGUUCGUCACUUGCUGGUGCGUGCAUCCGAGGCUGAUUCCGGAUGAAAAGAUAAUCGGCAUCCCAGAGCCCCAAGUCCACGUCCAUGAGGGGCCGUUGUACCUUCGUGCAGAGGAGGUAAUCCAUGCGGAGUUGCCAGCGCUGACGUAUCUAGUUCAUCUGCGCAUUGUCAAGUUCCAGGAUUGGACUACCCCGUUCAGCUUGCCAGAUGACGAUGGCUAG